AUGAGCUCGGAGCAGCACGAAAACGAGCGCCCGUCUGCACCUCCCCUCUGCGCCAACAACUGUGGCUUCUAUGGAAGCCCGGCUAACAGGAACCUUUGCUCAAAGUGCUAUCGGGAGUUUCUGAAGGCCGAAGAUGCAGCAGCGGCCACAGCCACACCGUGCAGCAGAAGUAGGGCGCUGCCGCAGCAGCAAAAGCAGAGCGCCGGUGCUGCGGCAGCGAAAGCGAAAGCAGUAACGGACGCCGCAGCACAGGAACAGCCAGCCGCCUCGGCAUCUGAACAAACGGCAGCUGCAGCAGCAGCAGCACGCCAAGAAGCCUCCACGGACGCUGCCCCUGCGGGAGGUCCUGCCUCUUCAGCCCCUCCAUUCGCCGCCUCAGAGCCACUGACAACCGCGGGAACGCAAUCGGUAGAAACGGCAGCAGCAGACGCCGCGAACGCUUUUCCUUCGGAUGGGCCACAGGAGGCAGUGGCUCCUCCCUCGCCGGCGUCUGCUCCGGCAGGGAGCGUUUCUGGAGGUCCUGGCAGAGGAAAGGCGUCUCGCUGCCAGAAAUGCAACAGGAAGGUGGGGUUGUUGGGUUUUAUGUGCCGCUGCGGCUUUGCUUUUUGUGGCGAGCACCGCUAUGCUGAUGCCCACGAGUGUAUGUUUGACUAUAAAGCAUUCGAGCGAGAGCAGCUGAGAAAGCAGAACAACAGGGUCGUCGCAGAAAAACUGCAAAAGCUCUAA